AUGUACGGCGACAACGAUUACCGCACAACAUCUCCGGACACGGGCGCAGAGGACGAGAACGACAACCAGGGGCUAGCUUACAACGAUCCUUCCCCGGACAGCCGGGAUCAGUAUAUUCGAGAGCCACAAGACUACCGUCCCGAGCGUAAUGCACGCCCUUCUUCGCAGCCCCGUGCCUCGCGCACUCAGACGCGACCGCAGGCGCACCCUCAAGCCCAUCACAACGCAUCAUCCCAGCAGCAGCAGAUGCAGGACAAACUUCAGCACGCCGCCACAGGACUCCUCUGA